AUGGGGCCACUGCCCCCCGUACUGCUGUGUGUCGCCCUCCUCAUCAUCAGUGGGGCUUGGGGACAAGUGGAGUUCCUCUCCUUGCCGGAUACGGUGUCCAUCAAAGAAAGUUCCCCCAUCGGCACCUCCGUCCAUAGCUUCAGCCUUCUCAACUGUACCAACAGCAACCCCGCCGUCACCAUCACCGCCGUCAUCCCGCCGGCCACUUACUUCAACACCCCGACACAGACCGUCUCCGCCGGCCCCGUCUACAAUCUGCAGCGAGCCGGAGAUGCAACGCCGCAGCAUGACCCAGGUCUGCGCCGCUCGCUCCCGGCUGCAGAUCACAUCUUCCCGAACGGCCGCGCAGGAGGAAGUGUGUGCAGGCGCAAUGCGCAGUCCACAUCACCGGAAGGGAGACACAAUACUAUGGAGUUCCUCUCCUUGCCGGAUACGGUGUCCAUCAAAGAAAGUUCCCCCAUCGGCACCUCCGUCCAUAGCUUCAGCCUUCUCAACUGUACCAACAGCAACCCCGCCGUCACCCUCAGCUGCCGGGCUUCUCUCUCUCUCUUCACUGUUACCGACACAACUGUCCUCUACGGCCUGGACCUGACCAGUGGCAUCUUCUCACUGCCGAUCCUGAGUCGGAUUACCCCCAAUUCUUUGUGUCUUCUGUUUGCAGUGGAGUUCCUCUCCUUGCCGGAUACGGUGUCCAUCAAAGAAAGUUCCCCCAUCGGCACCUCCGUCCAUAGCUUCAGCCUUCUCAACUGUACCAACAGCAACCCCGCCGUCACCAUCACCGCCGUCAUCCCGCCGGCCACUUACUUCAACACCCCGACACAGACCGUCUCCGCCGGCCCCGUCUACAAUCUGCAGAUCACACUCAGCAGCACAGCGACUCUGAACGCACAAGUGGUGAAUGAGUACAUCCUGGAGAUCACCGCCGUCUGCGGCAAUGACACCGCCAUCGGUAAGCUGUUCGUCAAGAUCAUCGACGACCUCCCGGAGCCGCAGUGCGAGCCAAAGUUCGCCAGCCAAGUCGGAGACAACGUACAAGUCUACUCCAAUGUUCCGGCCUCCAGCACCAUCUACAACGUGGUGUUACGACUACCCCGGAAUGUACCAGUGACGUACAAGAUCACCUCUCCCAUCCCGUCUCUCUUCACCAUCACAUCCAAUGGGAACGUCCAAUCUCCCGCUGCAGGAUUCGCCAAUGUCAAUGCGCGUUUCCAGCUGCAGAUCACGGUCACCGACUCGACGGGAAACACGUGUAAUGGGACCCUCACCGUCGAAGUUCUUCCUGUAUACCGAAACACCGUCAACUUCACGUCAUCUUCGUAUAGUGUCACCAUCCCGGAGAACGGCGGACCCGGAAAUUCGGUGACCACUGUGAAGGCGAAUGGGAUUAGCGUUCUGUACGAGCUGGUCAACCCCAGCACCGCCUACUACAUCGAACCAGCGUCCGGGAUGAUCAAAACGACGUUUAACCUGGACCUAGACGCCAACCCCUCCCUGCGCACCACCGUCCUGGAGGUCCGAGCCUACAACCGCAGCCAGCACACUGACAGCGCCACCGCCACGGUGACAAUCACCGUCACCGACGUCAACAACAUCGCCCCGCGGUGCAGCCCCGCCAUCGUGGUGACUGAGGUUCCGCAGACCGCUCCGCUUGGACAAAGUUUAGCGAAUUUGGUAUGUACAGAUCCGGAUUACAACAGCACCGGCCUCACCUAUUCCAUAACUUCCAACGCCAACUCCCUGUACUCCUUCCGCAUGGUGGGCUCUGACCUGCAGAUCAAUAAAACGCUGAACUACGACUCCUAUGAGAUGGCGAGUGUGAACUUCCAGUAUGCGGCCACCGUGGUCGUGACUGAUAACGGGACCCCGAAGAUGACCACCAACAUCCCCGUGUUCAUCACGGUCACCCCGGUGAAUAAUUACCCACCCGCGUGCGUCGGGCCGGUAACCUACAGCAUCAGCGAGAGCGCAGCGUUCGGGGCCGUCGUGGGACAGUUCAAUGCCACGGACGCGGACUAUCCCUUUAACAACGUGCGGUACAGUAUUGACGGAGCAGGGAGCCCGCCGGUCUUCUACAUCGUCCCGAGAACCGGGGAGAUCAAACUGCUCGGCCCCCUGGACUUCGAGACAAAGGCCAGCUACAGCCUGAAGAUCACAGUGGUGGAUCUGAAUAAUGACAUUGUGCCGGACCCCGCGAACCAGAAGACCGCGUUCUGCCCCAUCACCAUCAACGUGCAGGACUUCAAUGACAAUCCCCCCAUCUGCACGCCUCCAUUUUACUCCGCGACCAUCUACUCCACCCUCUUGACGACAACCCCAAUUGUGUCCCUGAGCUGCAGCGACAAGGACGUUUCUAACCCCGUGCUGUUUUACUCCAUUGUGGGCGGAAAUGACAAUAACCGCUUUCGGAUGGGCUCGCCUACCAGCAGCAAGGACGUCCUGCACAACCCGUUCUCCUAUAACACCGACGGCGGCAUAUAUGACCGCACGCAAUAUGAGCUCCUCAUCCGGGUGACCGACAGCACCACCUCCCCUGUGUACAGCACCACAGCCACUGUGUUCAUCACCGUCGUCCCCUGGACCACCACACAGCCCACCACCACCUCCACCACACCGAUUCCGGUGAAGCAGACGGCGAUUGUGAACAAGACGCUGGAGUACUGGCAGCCCGACAUCUGGUUCAUGGUGGUCCUGACCAUCACCGCAGCACUGUUCCUGGCUGGCAUCGGUUUGCUGACCUGGGCCCUGUGUACAAGGUACCCGUUAUGUGCACGAGGUCCGACAGAAGCCACACAGCCCCUCCUGCAGGACCGGUCAUUACAGAACGCUGAUCCGCCCGCCAACAAGAACCAACAGCCGCCACCCCCAUCUAAGGAGAAGAAGGACGUCGCCCCAGUCAGCCCGCUGAGCCUGCAGUUUGAUGGCAGAGCUCAGGAUCCAGUGACGGGACGGGAAUAUCUCUUCAACAGUCACACGGGGGAGCGGCGCUGGAUCUGAUUGGAGGAG